AUGGGGGGCGGCGGCGAGCGCUGGGCGCUGUGCCUGUGGCUGCUGUGGCUGUGGGCGCCCGCGCGGUGCGGCGCUGCCAUGGACGAGUGCGCGGAGGAGCGGAGCGGGCGGGCGCAGCGCUGCAUGCCCGAGUUCGUGAACGCGGCGUUCAACGCCACGGUGCUGGCCACGCACACAUGCGGGACGCCGGCCGAGGAGUACUGCGUGCAGACCGGGGUCACCGGCGUCACCCAGUCCUGCCACCUCUGCGACGCCGCCCAGCCGCACCUGAGCCAUGGCACCGCCUUCCUCACCGACUACAACAGCCCGGCCGACGCGACCUGGUGGCAGAGCCGCACCAUGCUGGCCGGCGUGCAGCACCCCACCGCCGUCAACCUCACCCUGCACCUCGGAAAAGCCUUUGACAUCACGUACGUGCGCCUCAAGUUCCACACCAGCCGUCCCGAGAGCUUUGCCAUCUACAAGCGCACGAGGGAGGACGGCCCCUGGGUGCCCUACCAGUACUACAGCGGCUCCUGCGAGAGCACCUACCGCAAAGUCAACCGCGGCUUCAUCCGCACCGGCGAGGACGAGCAGCAGGCGCUCUGCACCGACGAGUUCAGCGACAUCUCCCCCCUCACCGGGGGCAACGUGGCCUUCUCCACGCUGGAGGGGCGCCCCAGUGCCUACAACUUUGACAACAGCCCUGUGCUGCAGGAAUGGGUGACAGCUACAGAUAUUAGAGUGACCCUCAACCGUCUGAACACGUUUGGAGAUGAAGUUUUUAAUGACCCAAAAGUUCUCAAGUCUUACUACUAUGCAAUUUCUGAUUUUGCUGUGGGUGGUAGGUGCAAGUGCAACGGGCACGCCAGUGAGUGUGUGAAGAAUGAGCUUGGCAAGCUGGUCUGCAACUGCAAGCACAACACCUUUGGGGUGGACUGUGAGAAGUGCCUUCCUUUCUUCAACGACCGCCCGUGGAGGAGAGCGACGGCCGAGAGCGCCAACGAGUGCCUGCCGUGUGAGUGCAGCGGGCGCUCCCAGGAGUGCUACUUCGACCCCGAGCUGUACCGCGCCACGGGCCACGGCGGGCACUGCACCAACUGCGCCGGCAACACCGAUGGGCCCCGCUGCGAGCGCUGCCGCCACGGCUUCUACCGCCUGGCCAGCGAGCAGGGCUGCCUGCCCUGCAGCUGCAACCCCGUCGGCUCCCUCAGCACACAGUGUGACAGCUAUGGCCAGUGCAGCUGCAAGCCCGGAGUGAUGGGGGACAAGUGUGACCGGUGCCAGCCAGGGUUCCACUCUCUCUCCGAAGCUGGCUGCAGGCCCUGUUCUUGCAAUGCUGCUGGCAGCACAGGGGAGUGCAAUGUUGAGACAGGGCGGUGUGCGUGCAAGGACAAUGUGGAAGGAUUCCACUGUGAGAGAUGCAAACCUGGAUUUUUCCAUCUGGAGUCCUCCAAUCCAAGAGGCUGUACCCCCUGCUUCUGUUUUGGACACUCUUCAGUCUGCACCAGUGCUAUGGGCUACAGUAUCUAUAGCAUCACCUCCAACUUCGAGUUUGGAGAGGAUGAGUGGCGUGCUGAGCAGCGAGAUGGCUCAGAGGUCCUGCUGCAGUGGAGUGCUGAGACCCAGGAUAUCUCCGUUAUCUCUGACACCUACUUCCCCAUGUACUUCGUUGCACCACGCAAGUUCUUGGGCAACCAGGUUUUGAGUUACGGGCAAAACCUGACCUUCUCCUUCCGUGUGGACAGGCGGGACACGCGCCUCUCUGCAGAGGACCUGGUGCUGGAAGGGGCUGGGCUGAGAGUGUCUGUGCCUCUCAUUGCCCAGGGCAACUCCUACCCCAGUGAGAAUGUGCAGACCUACACCUUCAGGCUCCAUGAGGCUGCAGAUUACCCAUGGAGGCCUGCUCUUACAGCAUUUGAAUUCCAAAAGCUUCUCCACAACUUGACUUCCAUCAAGAUCCGUGGGACAUACAGUGAGAGAAGUGCCGGUCACCUGGACGAUGUCACCAUCACAAGUGCUCGCCCUGGACCCGGUGUGCCUGUGGCCUGGGUGGAGAGCUGCUCGUGCCCAGUGGGAUACGAGGGGCAGUUCUGUGAGCGCUGCACCUCCGGGUACCGCCGAGAGAGCCCCGGCCUGGGGCCCUACAGCCCCUGCGUGCCCUGCACGUGCAACGGGCACAGCGAGACCUGCGACCCCGAGACGGGCAUGUGCAAUUGCAGGGAUAACACAGCAGGGACUCACUGUGAGAAGUGCAGCGAUGGGUACUACGGCGAUGCCACGGCCGGCACAGCCUCGGACUGCCAGCCCUGCCCGUGCCCGGGCACCUCGAGCUGUGCCAUCGUGCCCCGCACCAAGGAGGUGGUGUGCACCAGCUGCCAGGCUGGCACUACAGGCAAGAGGUGUGAGCUGUGUGAUGAUGCCUAUUUCGGAGACCCGCUGGGCAGGAAUGGUGCGGUGAGGCCGUGCCGCCUGUGCCAGUGUAACAACAACAUCGACCCCAACGCCGUGGGCAACUGCGACCGCCAGACCGGAGAGUGCCUCAAGUGCAUCUACAACACUGCUGGCUUCUACUGUGACCGCUGCAAGGAUGGCUUCUUUGGGAACCCCCUGGCCUCUGACCCCUCGGACAAGUGCAGAGCUUGUCACUGCAAUCCGUACGGCACAGUGAAUCAGCAGACGAUCUGCAAUCAAGUGACUGGGCAGUGUGAGUGCUUGUCUCAUGUCACUGGGAGGGACUGCAGUGCCUGUGAGCCUGGAUUCUUCAACCUCCAGAGUGGACGUGGCUGUGAGAGGUGCAACUGCCACGCGCUGGGCUCCACCAGCGGGCAGUGUGACAUCCGGACGGGGCAGUGCGAGUGCCAGCCAGGCGUCACCGGCCAGCACUGUGACAGGUGUGAGCCCAACCACUUCGGCUUUGGCUCUGAAGGCUGCAAACCCUGUGACUGUGAUCCCGAGGGCUCGCGGUCGCUGCAGUGCCAGGAAAACGGACACUGUGAGUGCAAGGAGGGCUUCGUGGGGAGCCGCUGCAACCAGUGCGAGGAGAACUACUUCUACAACCGCUCCUGGCCUGGCUGCCAGGAGUGCCCAGCCUGCUACAGACUAGUGAAAGACAAGGUGGCAGAGCAACGUCAAAGGCUGCAGGAGUUGGAAAAUCUUAUAGCAAAUCUGGGUAGCAGAGAAGAAGCUGUAACUGAUGAAGCCUUCGAAGAGCGGUUGAAGCAGGCAGAAAGAGAGGUUACAGAGCUGCUCCAUGAAGCACAAAAGAGCAAAGACGUAGAUCAGGGCCUCAUGGAUCGUCUCAAAGACAUCAACAGCACCUUAGUGAGUCAGCUGAACAGGCUGAGGAACAUCCAGGGCACAGUGCAGGACACGGAGAGCCUGGCGGAGCAGGCGCGGGUGCGGGUGGAGGACACUGAGGACCUGAUCAGCAUGGCUUCUGAUAUGCUGGAGAGGGCCAAGAUGGCAGCUGACAACGUGUCCAUUACACCUCCAGAGCAAAGUGGGGACCCCAACAACAUGACUCACUUGGCAGAAGAGGCCCGAAAGCUGGCAGAGAGGCACAAAAAGGAAGCUGAUGAGAUUGUUCGCACAGCCAAGGCUGCAAAUGACACUUCCACAGAAGCAUAUCAACUGCUGCUGAAAACCCUGGCUGGAGAAAACCAAACUGCAGUUGAUAUUGAUGAGCUCAACCAGAAGUACAAUCAAGCAAGGAAUAUUUCUCGAGACCUAGAGAAACAGGCCACCAAGGUGCUUGCGGAGGCAGAGGAAGCUGGAAACAGAGCCCUACAGAUAUAUGCUAACCUCACCAGCCUGCCUACUGUGGAUUCCACAGGGCUAGAGAAUAGAGCAAAUACAAUCAAGAAGGAAGCAGAGGAACUGGAUCAACUAAUUGCCAGGAAGCUAAAGGAUUAUGAGGACUUGAGAGAAGAUAUGAAAGGAAAGGAACUUGAAGUAAAGAACCUCUUGGAGAAAGGGAAGACAGAGCAGCAGACUGCAGACCAGCUCCUGGCUCGAGCAGAUGCAGCGAAAGCCCUGGCUGAAGAAGCUGCUCGGAAGAGCAGUGGCACACUACAGGAGGCCAAUACCAUUCUCAGGAACCUGAAAGACUUUGACAAGCGGGUGAACGAUAACAAGACGGCGGCCGAGGAGGCGCUGAAGAAGAUCCCUGCCAUCAGCCAGACCAUUGCAGAGGCCAACAACAAGACUCAGCAGGCAGAGCUGGCACUGGGCAACGCUGCUGCCGAUGCCCGUGAGGCCAAGGCCAGAGCAGAUGAUGCUGAGAAGAUUGCCAGCUCUGUUCAGAAGAGUGCUGCUACUACCAGAGCCGAAGCCGACAAGACCUUUGCUGAUGUGACAGGACUGGCCAGGGAGGUGGAUGACAUGAUGAAGCAGCUGCAGGAUGCAGAGAAGGAGCUGAAGAGGAAGCAGGCUGAUGCUGAGCAGGAUAUGAGGAUGGCAAAUGAGGCCUCACAGGCUGCCCAGGAGGCAGAAGACAAUGCAAGAAAAGCUAAGAACUCUGUGAACAGCCUGCUCACUGUCAUUAAUGACCUGUUGGAUCAGCUAGGGCAACUGGAGACAGUGGACUUGAACAAACUGAAUGAAAUUGAAGGUACCUUGAACAGUGCCAAAGACCAGAUGAAAGACAGUGACCUGGACCAGAAAGUGUCUUUCCUUGAGAGAGAAGCCAAGAAGCAAGAUGAUGCCAUACAGGCCUACAACAGGGACAUUGAAGAGAUCCUGAAGGACAUUAGCAACCUGGAAGACAUCAGGAAGACCUUGCCAUCUGGCUGUUUCAACACCCCGUCCAUUGAGAAGCCCUAAGGGUGUGCUGGGGGUGGGGGGAAUCGCCCUGGUGAGUGGUGGUUCAGCCAUGGAGUGCCUUAACACACAUUGCCUUCUCCAAAUCCCCAACUCUGCUGCUCGCAGCCACUGUUUCCUUUCAAAUCAGCAUAAGUUGAAAGUUUUGGGGGUUUUUUGUUGGUUUUUUUUUAAUGUUUUGUUUUGUUUGGGGAGU